AAGCACUACUUAAACCCCUUCUCCUCCCACCUCAACCUCAUCUUCUUUCACUACCACACACUCUCAUCUUCAAUCAACACAAACACUCACAAACAACAACCAACCCAAACCACCAACCACUAUCACAAUGGAGUCCCUCAAGCAAGCCGGCAACUACGUCGCUGAGACCGUUCAGCAGGCCACCUCUGGUGCUUCCAAGGAGGCCAACAAGGAGGUUGCCAAGGACGGCAACGUCCCCAUCUCCACCCGUGCCACCGCUGCCAAGGAUGCCCUUGGUGACAAGAUUGACGAGACCACUCACGACAAGAAGGCCGACGUCCACAAGGAGGCCAUCUAAGUUCUCUCCUCCAGUAUUUCGGAUCGACAUGAAAAUAACAUGAAUCGACAUGAAUCGGAAUGGCGUUGAAAGGGAAUAGCGUUGGGACUACAUAGGCUGUAUUUACCUACACCUAAUACAAACAGUCAAACACCAGAA